CGGCGCGGCCCUUCCGCUGACGCGGGGCGCCGAGCGCCGCCUGCGGGAGGCGAGGCGACCGCUUCCGGGGGCGCCUGCGGAGAGUGGGAAGGCGGCGGGGGCCUGCGGGGGGCUCCGGAGGCGGCGGAGGGUGUUCAGGACUUCAAGAGAGCAAAAGCUGUGCAGGAAAGACAUAAAAAGAUGUGGAAGUGCACACCACCUCUGCAAGUGAUGAGUAGAGUUUGAGGUGAUUGAAUGGGUCUUCUGAGGCAUAGUUGCUGAAACUAACAGAAAAUGGCAUAUCGAAGAGAUGAAAUGUGGUCUGAAGGACGAUACGACUAUGAAAGAAUUCCAAGAGAACGUCUUCCUCCAAGGAUUCAUCCUGAUGAUGAUUACCAUCGAGUAGUAAACAUUGUGCCCAAGAAACCACCGCUGCUUGACAGACCUGGAGAAGGGAGUUACAGUCGGUAUGACGAUUACAGCCAUGUUGAGUACAGGGACUAUGAAGAGGGUCGCAGUUUUGCCCAUGAACGAAGAAGUGGCCCACCACACCGAGGCGUGCAUAAGGAUGAAUCAGGAUACAGAUGGCCAAGGGAUGAUCAUUCUAUGAGUCGGCAGCCUGAAUACAGGGACAUCAGAGACAGCUUCAGAAGAAAAAGCUUCUAUCCUUCUCAUUAUAUGAGAGAGCGAUCCCCUCAUAAGAGGGACUCUCCUUUCUUCAGGGAAUCGCCAGUGAGCCGAAGGGAUUCUCCGCACAGCAGAUCUGGCUCUAGUGUCAGCAGCAGGAGCUACUCUCCUGAAAGAAGCAAAGCCUAUCCUUUUCACCAGUCCCAGCAUAGCAGAAGUAUGUCAUCUUUACAUAAAAGAAAUAUUUCUUCUCAGCAAGGUAAAGAGAGGACUUCAGUUCAGACAUUGAAAACGUCAAGAGAUGCAUCACCUUCGGGUUCCACAGCAGUACCAUCAUCAAAGGCCUUGGAUAAGAGCAACAGGCUAUCAGAAAAGGAACUCGCAGAAGCUGCAAGCAAGUGGGCAGCUGAAAAGGCAGAGAAGGUGGAUGAAAGCAGUUUACCUGAAAGAACAGAGUAUGAUGCUGGAUCUUCAGCUCCAUUGUAUGUCGAACAAACAGAGGAAACAGAAACAAAUAUAACGGAUAAUACGGAAUUAUAUGAGGAUGGCCAGCUUCUUUGCCGCUCCAAAGCAAUUGCAACUAAGACCAAGGAGAUUGAACAGGUCUACAGACAAGACUGUGAAACCUUUGGCAUGGUAGUGAAGAUGUUAAUCGAUAAAGAUCCGUCGUUAGAGAAGUCCAUUCAGUUUGCUCUGCGGCAGAAUCUGCACGAGAUAGGUGAGCGAUGCAUUGAAGAACUCAAACAUUUCAUUGCCCAGUAUGAUGCCGCCAACCAGGAGUUAUCAGAAUCUUUCAAAGAUGGCCCCUACUAAGGACGGAAAUACAAUUUUAGAUCUCUGCGUUUCGUAGGCUGUAAUACAUAAAUCUGCUUUUUGCGGGGAAAGAGGAGUUCCAGCUGGAGAUUUCAACCCAAGGCUCGUGCUUCUUCUUACCAUCUAAGACGGCUGUACCUUGUGCAGCGCGGUCUCCACAGUUGUAUUCUUCCUACCUGUACUUGUUGACGUAAAUUCCUUUGAAAAGGAUGUUCUUUUCAAAAACGCCAUAAAGUGACAAACUAUUUUUGAAACCUUUACACAGUUACCGAGGAAAAACUGUUCAGUCUCACGUAUGUACACUGCUGUUUUGAUGUUUGUAAGUGUAACUACAAAACAACAUUUUUUAUUAAAAUAAUAUGAAGCAGUUCUUCGUUCCUCAACUUACGCAGAAAUGUGUCCUGGUUUCAUAUAUACAAUAGGAAGGGAAGACUUUCAAAAUUGCUCACAGCUAUGAUUUAAGUUAUUUAUUAUAGUUUAAUUUUGAACUUCAAAUUCAUUCUGUAAAAUUGCACCAGGGGUUGUUCCUGGUCUUUGGCUGCCAGAGAAACUCUGCCUGCUUGAUGCAAGAAGUGAUGUAUUUUUGUUCUACUUGCAGGUUCUGCAAAUGCCUUUUAUAUUUUGGUGUUUUCCGUAUCAUGAGCCAUUACUAGUAAGCAGUAUUAUGUAGAAUUAAUUCAAUUUUUCUGUUAGUAUUUGCAAUUAAAUGUUUUCUGUUUUCUUUUUUCUUUUUUUUUUCUGACUGUACCUUACAGAGCGUAACUGCAGGCAGACACUGAGCAAGGCAAGGUCUCCUCUUUUGCCCUUUUCUCCUUUAUGCCUUCUCACCACUUUUUGUGCAUCAGUUUUAACAAUUAUGAGUCUCUGUAAUCAACAAGAAGGGGCAGGAAUUUGGGGUGGCAAGGUGGGGCACGGACUGUCUCUUUAUUUAGUAACUCCAAGUUGCUUCAGAUUAGGUAUAAUGUGAAGUUGAACCCUAAAUAGGCCCCAAAUUGAUCAUCGUUUCAAACCCAAAUGAUCCUGGGUAAUGUCUGCAGCCAUUUUUGACCUGAUAGUUACUUGUAGCUGGGGAAAAAUUGUUGAGUUAGAGUCAAGAGGCUGCCAGUGCUCUGUGAUGACUUUUUAGAGGUGAAACAUAAUUUAGGAUUCAUUGUUGGUAUGCUGACUGUUGAUUUGUGUUCAUUUAAUGAGAUACUGUUUUUUUAUGAAUGUUUGGGGAAAGGGAGAACUUGAAUCAUAAUCACGAAGAGGUAAACACCAGUGUUUUGUAUACAUUUGUAUUUAGAAACUUGAAACUCUGUAACAGGACAAGCGACUAAAGCUCGCGGUUUCUGAAGUGCAUGGUAUUAAAUGAAAAAGUCACCAAAUUCAGCCCCUUAUCAAGUAGCUUCUAAGGUUUCAGAGGAAUGCUUUGCAAGAAAGUAGACAAAAUGGCAAGGAUUUUGCGUGUACAAGGUGUUGUACAUAUCACAGCAUCUUACACAUGCAAAUCUUGAUACGGUGCGUUAAAUAUAUAUAUAUAUUACAUCAGAUUCCUGAGAUGCCUGAUUAGUUUUAAUGUCAGGUGGGUGUGGUUUUGCAAUUGGCUUUUGUUGGGUUUCUGAAGAGUUCACCUUGCUCAACGGGGAUGACCUGCAGCUUACCUCGUUGGGAGCUGGGUUGUGUGGGCUGUGCAGCCAGUGGAGAAGGCUCACCGAGCCUACUGGAUGCUAAUUGGAGGUGGCAGAGGGGGAAGAAAGGCAACCUGUUGUGGCGCAGUAGCUAGACCUGACCCACCCCUUUUGGCAACAGCCUGGCUUGCCAGGAGCAGUCGUGAAACCACAGGCAAAUUUACAUUCAGUUUCUGAGACAGGAAUGUAACCGUCAGGGCUUUGCUGCUUGCCUGUGGACAGGUCAGUCUUCAGGGUGUUACACCGCGGUUUCUGCUUUGGGGUAGAAACACUAAAGAAAAAAAAUACUGAAAUCAUGAUUAAUAUAUUUUUGAUUUAAAAAGUUUGUUGUUAUUGUACAUUGUGUUAGGAGUCUCCUUUGUUCUCCUAGUGAAAUUUAGUCAGGUUUCUAAAAGUGUCUGAUUUUUUGAGUGCUUUUCUAUAAAGUGACACCUAAGCCCCCAAUAGUCCUGUGUUUUUGUGAUUAGCUGAUAGGUCAGUAAGUUAUUUAGGUUGUCCUUAGCAUAUUAUUUUUUUAAUGGAUUAAAUUUAACUCAUAAACUAAGGAGACUCUUGAUUUUUUUUAUAAAUGCUAUUUCUAUGAAAGGUUUAAUUCACAUUCGUUAGUGAUAACUGUUUUUCCCCUGUUUAAUACUUGUCAUUAUGUUGAAUGCUCAUGUCUACCCUUUUGUGAUGUACGCUUUAUGUUGAUGUAAGUAAAAGGUUACGCCACUUAACUUGAGCAAGAUACAUGGCUUUUACUCUUGCUUCCUGUAGAAACGUAUACUUUGAGUUUGAUUUUAUAGCAGUGUAAAAGUUGUCCUUGGUCUUGUGUACAGCCUCAGUGAGGCUGCUGGAAAGGGGCAGGAAAACCACUGGUAGAAGGAACCGGAUGCUGUGCUGGAGGAAUUUUUCUUUGUCACAUUAGGAGCUGCUGAAAACAUACUCCUAGCAGCCAUCAGUGUGCAGAUGCCCUUUAAAGAAUAAAAGGGGAAGAGGAAAUGGAAGGAAUGAAGUGUGGACAUUGCUCCAGCCUCAGCAGAUAACACCAUCUCAGUGGUGAGCUGGCAGCUUUGGGUGACAACUUAAGCUGUUAGGGUGAAGAUCAGCAAUGCAUCACUACAGAUAGAAAAGGAGUUAAUGCCCCCCACGUAUUAGAAGAACUGCUUCCUUGUGACCGUGCUUUUUGUGCAGGAUUUCCUCUUUUGGUGGGGAUGAGGGUAAUGUAUGGCCCUAGCAUUUCUCACCAUCCAUCAUGAAGGUGUAAGCUCCACUUGGAAUAUCGCACCCCUUCUAGUAACACAAAGCAGAACUUAGUUUUGGCAACUGUACCGGUGUCUAGUGCAAGUAGCAGACGCUAUAGCCCAUACCCUUUUCUUUUAUUAAGCUGGAAGAAUGGAUUAGAAACGUUUAAAAGAAGUGUUUAAAAAUAAUGAAAUAGAAAUCUUUUAUGUUAAGCUGAAAAACCUAAAAAGUUGUAUAGCCAUUUUCAACUUAGUGAGUAAUAUUUCAAGUGGAUGGAAUUACAGAAAGCUAACCCGUUUCAUUAAGCGUGGGUGCAAGCACCUGUUAUUCUUUGCCUGCCAGGAAUGUCUCUCAAUGUUCCAUUCCUCAGCAAAACACAGCUUUCUAAAUGUUUCUAAUAUUCCUAAUUACUUGUGGUCCUGCAGCCUAGGAGAGGCAAGGGAGAGCUUUGUGCCUCAAAGCAGAGAGGGCUGAACGAGCUCUGAAGAAGUUGCUCACCCAGGGGAAGGUAACCACGCGGGAGCACUGCUGCCCUGGGCACCGUGCUGUGCAACCUUCCCGUCCCUGACGAGGUUUGCUCACGAGGGAGAAGAGUUCACAGCUCUUGCCUUGGGCUGGAAAGAAUCGCUGCUGUUUGUUUAGCAAAAGAGCAGCACUGCAUAAUACAAACAAAGGUUUAUUUCACCCCGCUCCCCACGCACACGUACUCUCUCUUGUACAGACAAAUGUGCCUCUACAUCUUUUUUUGAGUAAAGCUGAGCCCAAGAAAAGGCCUCUAUCCACUUCCAAAGCUUCUAGAUGAAAAAUAAUAAUAAUAAUAAAAAAAAAAAGAGUGGUGGGAAGGGGUGAGGUGUCAUUAGUUACAUCACUCAUUUUAAAGUACCAGGAGCCUUUGCGAGAGCAGCGUUUCCCCUGCUCCAGUAAUGAAACCUUUAGUCCAAAGUUAUCCUUGGUUUGCUUGUUUGUUUUACUAAGGGUAAGGAGAAGAGUCAUCUUUCAACUCACUUAUUUGGAGGUUUAGAGGAGGUACUGUGCAAGUUGAUGCUCUGAAUAUAGCUUAUAAAUAUAGCUUAUAAAGAGUACUAGGGCUGUGAUUGCUGCUCGUUAACUUUUUGUUUUUUUUAAACAACUAUUCAACAAUCUGUGGAAAAAUGUUUACCAUCUAACACUCCAUAAGCCUUUGCACUUUGGGAGAGAGCAUGUGCUGCAUCCUUAGAUGGUGUAGGAUCGGAAGGAGGAGUGGUGGGGACGUAUCUGCAUGAGGCACUUGCUCCAGAACGGCCCCAGCAGUAGCAGCAGAGCAUGUCCUUUCAGAGUCCUGGCUCCCUGUACUUGGAAGUGCCGUUAUGAACGGAAAGUCCCAAUCGCUGUUCGAGUAUCCUGGGCAAAGCAUUAACAAGGCAGUUUCUCUUCUCAAGCCUUCUAAGUCCUCGCAGUCUGGCUGUUGGACUGUUAAGCACAACAGGCCUUUAGCUGCUAGGAAAGCAAAUACUGCCUAAGCCACCAGGGCAGCCUGCCAGCUGGAAGCAGCCCACACGCCGCCCAUUGGCCCAUGCCGCAUGAUAUUGCUUUGAUCAGCUUUCAUGUACACAAGACUUGUUUGUACUAGAAAAGUGACUUAUAUGGUGAAUACCACCUCUGGGAGUAAAGGAUCUUUUGCUUAUUUUACCCUGAAAAUAUCAGCCAGUAACUGCUAUUUCGACUUGGCCUUAGCAAUAGCUUCCUUUUAUUUGAUGUGAGCACUACCCAUCUAUCUUCCGUCCCUUAGGUCUGGCUACUUCUUAUUUCAAAAAGUUAUGUCCUCAGAAAUGACAAACAGUUCAUUUGGUCAGGCUUUUUUUUUUUUUCCUUAACUUGUAAGAAGUACCUGUUACUUCAUCAGUUACCGUUGUUCAGAUGAUGAAACCUAUGGUUUUAGCAUUUACUAUUUCAAGAGGCAGAUGUCCACAUUAAUUCCAGUAAAAACAUUCUGCCCUAAAGGGCAGAAUCACUUAAAACACUGAUAGAAGCUUAUUUUAAUUUGAAAUACCUCCUGCUCUCCAUCUGAGUUCAAGGCAACUCGAUCACGUGCUAGGCCCCCUUGCCUUCUAGAACCACCUCACAUCUCUCUGCCUUGCUGUAGGUGAACAUGAGGAACGGUUUUGGGGAGAGGUGGGGAAGAAUAAGAAAGAAAUCCACAUCCACAGGAGUUGCAUGUUUGUUGUACUGAUAUAUUCCAGGCUUGUGUGAUUUUUACAUUUAUAUAGUUUACAUUUUGCUUGACCCAUAAAUAACACUUGCAAGAUUAAGAGGGCCAUAGUUUAGAGAGUAUUUACAUAGCCCCACCAUGCAUACAGAGCUUUCAAUAUCUAGUAGACAAAAUUAAGCUGUUCUGCACUAAACAUCUUUCAAUAUUUUUAACUCUGACUAAAAUACAAGCAAUAUUUCAUCCGUAAUGCUGCUGUUAAACCCCUAACAAAUCUAGUUUGAUAUUGUAACAAACUUCUUCAAAUUCAGGGAUAUAAAAAUAUUCAGCUUUUAAAAUUUUAACUGUACAAUAUGUACAUUAGUAUUUGCACUGUUAAAUUAUGAAUACAUUUAAGCCUAUGAAAUACUACGUUAUAAAUAUCAUUUUUUUUUGAUUUAGAAUUGCAACUAAUACAUUUUAAAACCUGGAUAAUACAUUUGAAAAGACACAAUUCUGGAGCCUAAUCCUUUAAGCCCUUACGAAAGUAUUUGUUAUGUAAGUAGAUUCAUUGACUUAAAUGGGGUUACGUGCCCGAGCAAAGGAUUCCAGCAUUUGUACCUUUCUCUUUCAAUGCAGUGGAGUGGAGGAAAUGACAUAAAAACCAUCGCUACUCAUUGUACUCACUGGCAGUCGGGUCCAAUUCCAAAAGCUGAAUUAAUACCUUCCUUUAAACAGGCACAAAAAACAACUUACACAGGAUGGAGUUAUUUCAAAAAAAUAAAAAAUUCCAUGUUUUUCCUUCUAUUUAAGUGUGUAAACCAUUUAGUGCUGCUUUAAGAUAUAUCAAGGCCUCAAGCAUUUCAGCUCCCACAUUCUGAUUUUUGCCUCCUUAAUAGCGGACUCUUUGGAAAAGCAGCGUUUUCCCAAAUUU